GGGUGGCGCCGGGCUUAAAGUGGGAAGAGCCUCCAAAAGGGAGAUCUAAAGCAGGAAAGGUGAAAUACGGAAUGCAAAGGAGGCGCGAGGACGGCUAAUGAUGAUGGGCAAAGCGAGCGAGCCAGCGCGAGAGGCUAGGGAAGGAAGGAAAAAAAAAAAGAAGAGGAGGAGGCGGAGGAAGUAAGUGGGCAGCGCAUCGGACGCCGGCGCCGAAAGUCCGGUCCGGGUUUUGCCUGCAGCUCAGGCAGGAGAAGCAGCAGCAGCAGUGAGAGCGAGAGAGAGCGGCGUCGGCGGCGGCCUUUUGCAAUGCGGUCCGCCUGUCUCGGUCCCUGCCGGGCGAGGAUGUAGAUAGAGGUGGGUUGGCCGAGAAGAAGGAGACAGAGAGAGAGAGAGAGAGAAAGGCGGGAGGAAAGGCCAAGAGAGAGAGGCAGAGCGAGAGAAGAAGCGGAGGCAACUUGUCCCUUGGCGUCGGCUGCCCCCGGGAGCCCUUUGGGGCAGGUGCUGGCGGGAGUAGCAGCAACUAGCAAGCAGCAGCAAUAGCCUCUCCUCUUCUUCUCCUCCUCCUCCUCCAUUACGCUCCGGAUUUGGAUCUUUAAUCCGGCGGGCGACGGCGCGCGCGCAACACGCAGGAGAGGCGAGGCACGCGGACUGCCCGGAGCGGCGGCGGCGGCGGCGGCAGCGGCUGCAAGAUCGCCUUCCUUCCUUCCUCUUUUCCUUGCUCCGGAUCGUUCUGCCUUACACCAAGAAGAAACUACAGACAAACAACAGGACAGAUCCUUUGCACAAGAGAGCCUUCGGGAAGCAUCCAGGGAUGUGUUGCCAACUUCCAUAUGGCUUUCUGUGAUUGGUAGAAGAAGAGGUGAAACAUCUUUGUGCUGCUGUUUGAUUCAAGCUUAAGUCUUAAGAGCUGUACGUUAUAUAUGAGACCUGGAAGACAUGUUGUAAUGGCCCUGAAAUUGCACUGAAGAAGCACCUCAUCCCUUUCAAAUUUCCAGGAGAUUGGUGUUGCUAGUCUUGUAGUUGGUUGUUUUCCACAGUGAGUGGGCUUGUUGCUGUAUUUGGUCUCUUCUUCAUUGAACAUACAAAUAAACAACAAAGAUGUCUGAUCCUGGCUCUCAUCAAGACACUAGUAUUAAGACAGGCCUGUUGGGAAAAAACAACAGUCAAGAUGACUCUCAGCCCUCGGUCAAUUUGGAAAGGAGAAACAAAAGUGGGAUAAUAAGUGAACCUUUGAACAAAAGUCUUAAGAAGUCCCGACCACUCUCCCACUACUCUACUUUUGGUAGCACCAGCUCAUUAAGUGAACAUUCAGAGAAAGGUGUCCCCAUAGCCAAUGGCAACGAAGCACCCAUGGAUAAAAGCAAUUCUACCUCAAAGCACAAAAACAUCGUUGACAUGCUGGGCAAAACCGAUCUUUCUGCAGAAGGACAGAGCAUCUUGCAACAGUUUGCUCAGUCGACGGAGCUUCUCAAAAGAGUUGUCCAGGAGCACAUUCCCUUGCCUAAUGACCAUGGGACGGGCAUCUCAGACAUGGAAGCUGUCUCAGCUGCUGAGGCAAUGAACAGCCCAUCUGAUUUUCCUUACCUGGGGGCUUUUCCUAUCAACCCUGGUCUUUUCAUUAUGACCCCUGCUGGCGUAUUUCUGGCAGAGAGCGCACUCCAUAUGGCUGGCUUAGCAGAGUACCCAAUGCAGAAUGAAUUGGCAUCUGCCAUCAAUUCAGGGAAAAAGAAACGGAAACGAUGUGGCAUGUGCCCUCCUUGCAGAAGACGGAUAAACUGUGAGCAGUGCAGCAGUUGUAGAAAUCGUAAAACUGGGCACCAGAUUUGCAAAUUCCGAAAAUGUGAGGAACUUAAAAAGAAGCCUUCUGCUGCACUGGAGUGAUCUGGAAAAGGGGAGAAGGAAAAGUCCGUCCCUUCUAAAGAGACCCAAAAAAGUGAUGCUUCCUACAGGUGCUGCAUUCCGAUGGUUUCAAUAGGAACAAGAAUCCCAAAGCUCUGUCAUCCAGUGCAAUGUCACUGCUUGCUUGUGUUGUCUCAGGCAAAGAAUUUUUUGGCGGAAAUGAAUGGAUGCGCCUGUGUCUCCUUUAGAACCAAAAAUAUUUUCUCACAGAUUUCAUUCCUGUUUUUUUAUUUUAUUUUUUGGCAUUUGUUUAACAUCUUUGAGUACUAGUAACACAAACAUUAACUGCUUUUCAAAUAAUUUUUUUUAAAAAAAGAAUCCAUAAAGUACCAAGAUGUAAUAGAAUAUGGACAAUCAAUCAAAUUAUUUUCCUGUGUUUUGGUGUUGAUGUUGUUUAUGUGUGGAAGAUGCAGUUCUUGUGUAGAGAAUGUAAAUUUACAGUAACCUUUUAAAUCUAGUUACUAAUAAGCACUACUGUAAUUAGCACAGCUGUUUACUCAUUCAUAUUUUUGUUUGAUUAAUUUCCAUCAUUAAAGAAAAAGAGUGUGGCUAGUUUCUAGAAUGCCUCAACUUCCUGUUUAUAAAUGAGAAUAUGUUUGAAAUAAAGUAGUUUCCCUUUCCCUAACCAUACACAUAAGAUAAGGUUUAAUCAGCAAGAUGUUUGGUAUUAAAAAGUGAAAGCGUGCUGCAAAACUGGCAAGUCUUGAAAGUAAAGCAAAAUAAUUAUUAUGUUUUAUUCAGAAAAAAAAACUGCACACUAGAAUAAACCCAGAACUAAUUGCAAUGAUUCUCUUUUAGAAACCAUUUGAAAAUGUUACUGGAAAUUAAAUAUAAGCUAUUGCAGAACCUGUGCUGAAAACAAGUAUUUUUCUUCUGUUCAAAGCCCUUGUCUCCUGCUUUCUCACCAUCACUAACUGAAAGGCUGUUUGUAAUGUUCUAGCAGUUCAAGCUGUUUUGUGAAUAAAAAUGAAAGCAUG